AUGCUGAACAACGCGAGCGGAGCCACGCAGGCGCAGCCCUCCCUCACGCAGGUGCGAGUCGUCCUCUCCAUGCUGCCGUGCGCCUUCUUCCUCUACAUCAAUGGCGCCAUGCUGCUGGCCCUGCUGAGGAAGCCCGUCCUCCUGGAGUCGUCCCGCUACGUCCUGUUCGGCCACCUGCUCUUCACCGACUCCCUCCAGCUGCUGUCAGCCAUGCAGCUGUACAUCCUGGCCGCGUCCAGGGUGAGGCUCAUCAGCUACGGCUGCAUCCUGGUCAACAUCCUCAUCGCCUACUUCAUCGUCAAGCUGCCGCCCCUCAACCUGGCCGUCAUGUCCCUGGAGAGGUACGUGGCCAUCUGCCUUCCCCUGCAGCACGCCCAGAUCACCACCCGCCGCCGGACGGGUCUGGCCAUCGCCGCCAUGUGGUCGCUGGCGUCCCUGGACUCCGCCACUCACCUCUUCUUCUUCAUCAGGAUGGAGAGCUCCACAUUCACGCUGUCCAACUUCUGCACCAGGAGGGCCAUCUUCCGCCUGCAGGCCUACACCACCAUCAGCAUGGUCUUUAACUUCUCUAUCUUCAUCUCAGUCAGCCUCAUCAUCAUCCUGACCUACGUGGCCAUCAUGUCUUCCUCGGCGAACGUGCGCAACACCAGGAAGGCCAGGCGCACGGUGCUGCUGCACUUCCUGCAGCUGUGGAUGUGCCUCACCUCCAUCCUCUUCCCCCUGAUGCCCGUAGACCCGCAGUGGAACCUGACUCCCAUCACCAUGGGCCUCAUCCAGUAUGGGCUCUUUUUGGUCCUGAUCAUCUUCCCCAAGUGCCUCAGCCCGCUGAUCUAUGGCCUGAGGGACAAGGCCUUCAGACAGAUCUUCAAAUAUUACUUCACCUUCGGCUUGAGAGGAGACACCAGGCCCUAGAACGGCUCACUGUCGCUGUCCUUCACUUCCUGUUAUAAACUAUUCUGACCCUUCUAACCCUAUGUUUCUCUGAGGAGGUACCUUACGCAGCAUAUUUCUGGGGUCCACUUCCAAAACUCCUCACCGUCUUCAUGGUUCUACUGUGCACUGUCCUCCACCUAGUGGGUCCAAACUUGAGGCCUCCGUCUCCAUCCUGAACCCAGAGGUGCUGUCUUGCUGUGGUUCUUCUGUCUCCAUGGUGACGGGAUCCACCAGUUAA